AUGGCGAAUGCCAAAGCAGUGUGCCCUAUUCCAGGCGGCGGCGAGUGGUUCUUCUUCACGUCCCGUGACCUCAAGUACCCAUCAGGGUGCCAAUCCAACCGAUCCACAACCGCUGGGUACUGGAAGGCCACUGGGAAGGGCAAGCCAGUGCACGUGCGGCUCCCCGGCAGCAGCAGUGUUAACGACGGAAAAAGGGUGCAGACAGUCAUAGCGGUUUUGAAAAGAACUCAUGUCUUCUACAUGGGCCGAGCGCCAGGAGGGGACAAGACUGACUGGGUGAUGCACGAGUACCGGCUGGCAGAGGACUCGCCUGAAGCUGGACCUGCUGCUACAGACGUGGCACGCGCUACAGCUGCAGAAGCCGAAUCGAACCCAGCAGCUACAGGUGCUACUACCCCCGAAGGGACCUCGGCUGGUGCAGAUGCAGCAGGUGGUGGUACUGCCACAGGCCGAACCAGCAGCAGAAAAAGUGAAGCGAUAAACCCAGACACCAGCGGUGCGGCUGAUGCAAGUGGAGAUCUAAGUGGUGGGUCAGGCAGGAACAGCACCACGAGCAGUCCUAAAGCCGGCAGUCCAAAGUCCGAACCUGGGAGCGGUCGAAGAAUCGGCAGGACGUGGGUGGUUGUGAGAGUGCUCAAGCGAAGCUCCCUGACAGAGGAGGAGCAAGAGCUGGUGGUGGCAAAGCAGGCUGUGGUAUCACAGGCUGUGGUAGCACAGGUGAUGAUGGUGGAACGGAAUGAGAUGGUAGAACAGCAGACGAUGGUGAUGCAGCAGCAGUGUGGGGCUCCUUCACCCAAAGGAAAACCAGAGAGGGACGAAGAGGCACCAGUUGCAGGGUACCAUGCGGGUUUAUCAGUGCAUGUCGUGCACUUUAGCGGUGAUUCACCCUCACAAGAUUCUCCGCAGAGUAACUCCCCAACUACCCUCGCGAGCAGCCUGUCCCCCAACUCCUCUUGCUGCGCAAUGCCGGUGGAUGUGCGGAGCAGCGCUGUGGCAACUUUUGAGUCGACUCAAAAGCCGGUGGAUGUGCGGAGCAGCGCUGUGGCAAACCGAGAAGCAGCUGUAGGUGCAACGAUGCCUGUAGGUCCAACGGAGGAAGACGCAUCAAUAGCGGCAAAGGUGGCAAGAAAAGGAGCAGCAGAGGGCGAAGCAGUCGAAGAAGCACCAAUCGAGGUAGAAGGAACAGGAGCAGCAUUGGGAGCAGACAAGCAAAGCAGCAGCUCAGCAGACAAGCAGCAGAAAAGCAGCAGACAAGCAGGGGAGUUCUUGAAGGGCCCGCUCUGCCCGGAGAACUUGCCAUCUUUCAAGCACUAUCUGUUUGAAUUGAAGCCACCUGGAAGCGGCAGGAGUAAUGGUGGUGUGGAGGGCGGGCAUGGAAUGGGAGAGCAGCGGCAAACGGAAGAGGAGCAGAAGAAGCGGAAAAUGGCGGAAAAACUGGACUGGAGGGUUGAACUGGACUGUAGACAAGAGGGCGGGAAGAACGAGCAGGAGAAGGGUGAUCGAGAGCAGGUAGAACACAAGCAAACAACCAGCAAGAAGAAAACGAACUGGCAGAAGCUGACAAGCAGGCAGGCGCAGCAGGUUAUCACUCCCCAGCUAGUCCCCCAACAGCAGAGGGCUCUACGGCAAGAAGGGGCGACCGGUGCAGCUUCUUCUACUGCUGCUGAUAAUUCGUCUGAUGCAGCUGCUGCUGGUGCUGCUGUUGCUGCUGAUGCUGUUGUUGCUGCUGGUGCUGCUGGUGCUGCUGUUGCUGCUGAUGCUGCUGUUGCUGCAGCUGCUGCUGGUACUGCUGGUGCUGCUGGUUCAGGUGAAGGAGGGUCUGGUGUGGUUCCCACAGAUUUUGCACCUUCUGCUAUGCCGGGGGUAGCUGCUGCUGCCGCUGGCAGAGUUGAGUCUGGAGGGUCAGGACCUGGUGUGGUCCCAACAGGUGUUGCGCCUUGUGCUACUCCUGAGGUAGCUUCUGCAGCUCGCAGAGUUGAGUCUGGAGGGUUCCAGCACAGCACGGCAGCAAGGAAUCUGAGGAUAGCACGUGAGCUUUCAUUCAACACACCCUUACAUGCAACUGUUGCUCCCUCUGUAGCACCCUCCGUAGCACCCUCCGUAGAAACCUCUGUAGCGCCCUCAACAGCAUCCCAGCAGGGGAAAAGGCACAAGAGACAGCAUGGGGGAUCUGGGUACCAGGACCAGCAACGCCAGCAGCCGCAGAAGGAGGAGAAACAGCGGCAGCAGCAGCAACAGCAGCAGCAGCAGCAGCAGCAGGAGCAUGAUGAUUACACCCCCUUACAUGCAGCUGUUGCACCCUCUGUUACACCCUCUGUAGCACCCAUUGUAGCACCCUCUGUAGCACCCAUUGUAGCACCCGCAACAGCAUCCCCGCGGGUAAAAAGGCACAAAGGACAGCAAGGGGGAAAAUCUGAGUACCGGGAACGCCAGCAGCAGCAGCAGAAGGAGGAGGUGAAGCAACGUCAGCAGCAGCAGCAGCAGCAGCAGCAGCAGCAACAGCAGCAUGCUGAAUUCCACCAGCAUCAAACACUUCAACAGCAGAGACUCAGUCCUGAUCAGCAGCAGCAGCAGCAACAGCCUGCAGCAGAAGAAGACUCCAUAAGCUCCCAGUGA